UACCGAUUUCGCAUUUUGACUUUCGUUCGAGACCACUGUUUUUGCCUGAAAGCAAGUGGAACAAAACAAUUAUCAAAAGCCUGUUUUGCUUAAGAUUUUAGUGAAUUUUGCGUUGCAUUUGCAAAUAUGACAUCAACUGAAAAAGAUCCAACCGAUGAAAAAUCGUCGAAAGACAACACCCCGCAAAAUACAGAGGAAAAUGAGAAACUUGCAUUGUCCGAAUACAUAACUAACCUAGAAGCUAGACUGAAGUUAAAAAAUGAGAUGCGUAAUCAAAAUUUGAACUGUAUAAGGCCUCCAGAAAACUAUUUUUCAAAGUUAGACUCGGGUUUAAAGAAAAACACAACUUUCGUCAAGAAAUUGAAAUCGUUCAGCGCGACCCAAAUUGACGCACUUUUGAAGGAUUUCAGCGCGUUGAAUCUUACUAAAUAUGUCUCAGAAGUUGCAGCUGCUAUUGCUGAGGCCAAGUUAAAGAUGUCAGAUAUUCCCGCCGCACUGAAUUUGUGUUCUGCUCUCCAUCGUACUUAUAGUGAAUUUUCAACAAAUUUUUUCGAAAAUUGGCAAAAGAUUUUGACUUUUAAAGCUACAGAUAAGAUAACGAAUUCGUCCAAAUUGCGUGUUGAUAUAAGAUUUUAUGCCGAGUUGGUAGCAAUUGGUAUAUUUGCUAAUAAGACUGGCUUGCCAUUGUUGGGGAAUGUACUGACUGUUUUAAUAAACAUGGACAAAGAAGAACACAAUAACAUUCCUAUACUACUGUCAUUCUGUAAGCACUGUGGGGAGGAUUAUGCUGGAUUAGUUCCUAAGAAGAUAAAAGAUGCUGCUGAGAAAUACAACAUAACAAUACCACGGAACACUUUCCUACCAGCUGAAAAACAGAACAUUGUGAGAACUCUCCUGAAGGACUAUUUUAUAUCUCUGACUAAGCACCUGUUGAGUGAAAGGACACAGCUGCAGGCCCUGCAUGCAGCUAAUCAAAGAACUUUGCACACCAGGGGAGAACUAUCUCAGGAGAGAAAGGACCAAUUAGAGCAGCAUCAGGCAACAUAUGACAAACUUCUAGCAGGAGCACAAAGCUUUGCAGAAGUACUUGGAGAAGACUUAGGCGAAGCUGGUGAGCCUCCAGUCCUUUCCUUAGCAGUCACAGAGGCCCAAGGGACUGUUACUAUUGGAGGCAAUGAGGAGUUCACACUGCAAGCAGGUGCAGAUCCCUGGCAAGAUGAAGAUACAAGAACAUUCUAUACUAGCUUGCCAGACUUGAAAGUCUUCAUGCCUAAUUAUCAAAUGAAAGAGCAGACAGUAAAGAAUAAACCAGAAACAGUGACAGAAGAAAUGCUUGAUGAAGAUCUCAAAGAAGACGAGCUUAGCGACACUGAAGAGCCUUCAUCAGUUCCUGAUGUGGAACAAGAAGAAUCUCAACCUGCAAACAUCUCUAAUAAAUAUGCACUGGAUGCAUUUUUGAACGAACUCCCUAAUUGUAUCAAUAGGGAACUUAUAGACAAUGCAGCUGUAGAUUUUGUACUGAAUUUGAGUACAAAGAACAAUAGAAAAAAACUGACAAGGGUUCUUUUUAGUGUGGCUCGUACUAGACUCGAUUUACUGCCAUUUUAUGCAAGGUUUGCAGCUAUCUUAUAUCCUGUACUUCCUGAUGUAUGUGCGGAACUCUGUCAGAUGUUGAAACAAGACUUCAAAUAUCAUGUUAGGAAAAAGGAUCAAAUUAAUAUUGAAUCUAAGAUAAAAGUAGUACGAUUCAUUGGAGAAUUAGUGAAAUUCAGCAUGUACUCAAAGAUGGAAGCACUGUACUGUUUAAAAGUUUUGUUACAUGACUUCAAACAUCACCAUAUAGAAAUGGCAUGCAAUCUCUUAGAAACUUGUGGUAGAUACUUAUAUUGUAAUCCAGAUACACAUCAAAGAACAAUGAUAUACUUACAGCAAAUGAUGAGAAAAAAGACUGUGUCAGCUCUCGACUCACGCUACGUCACGCAAAUCGAAAAUGCAUUUUAUUAUGUUUGUCCACCUGAGACUCCUGCACAGCCUAAGGAGGAAGAACCUGCAAUGAACCAAUUUAUUCGGAAAAUCUUGCAUGAAGAUUUACAAAAGAGUAAUGAGGAGAAAAUUUUGCGAUUAAUGCGAAAAUUGAACUGGGAUGACCCUGACGUUUCAUCUAUUGCUAUACAACAUUUGGCUGGAGGUUGGAGAGUUAGAGCCAGUGCCAGACGUGCUUUAGCUAAAUUAACUGCUGAACUUUCCGCCUGGCAAGAAGCCGUUGCCCCAGCAGCUGUAGAUACUAUUUUAGAAGAAAUUAGGCUAACCAUGGAAGAUCCUCAUCCCAGGUACAACCAAAGAAGAAUAGCAACAGUACGUUACUUGGGAGAGUUGUACAAUUAUAAAUUGUUAGACUCUCGUGAUGUGUUCACUGUGUUGUACUCAUUUAUCACUUUUGGUGUAACAAACGAUCAUGGUAAUGUGUCUCCUCUUGAUCCUCCAGAUAAUGUGUUCAGAAUAAGACUAGUUUGUGCUCUGCUUGAAACUUGUGGAGCUUACUUUAAUAGUGGUUCUAGUAAAAAAAGGCUUGAUUAUUUCUUAGUUUUCUUCCAAAAUUAUUACUGGUUCAAAUAUUCAGAUCCUUACUGGAGUGACGAGAACCAGUUUCCCAUUUAUGUGAAAUAUAUUUACCAAGAAUGUUUAACUUCAUUGAGGCCUAAAUUGACUCUCUAUACGAGUUGGCAACAAUGUAAAGAUGCAAUUGAAGAACUGAGGCAAAGCUUGUACCCUGAAUUAGGCGAAGAUGAGCAAGGCGAUAAUGAUGACCAGGGUGAAGAUAACAGUGUAAAUGAUGGUCUGGAUACAAUUAUUGAGACGGAUGAUGAGACUGACAACCCUCAACUGCCUGACGAAAGUUCUGAUGAAGAACCUAUAACAGAAAAUGCAGGUAAUGAAGAUAAUGAAAUUCAAGCUGAUGAAAUGACUAUUGAACCUAGGAGACCCGCAGCAAAACCGGUAGAGGAUGUAGAAUUCGAAUCAGCCUUUGAAAAGAUGGUAAUGGAAAAUAUAGCAGAGAGGCAACGAGAGAACAGACCGCAGCAGAGAGACAUAGCGGUGCCAAUGGUGUGCCGGCAGACUACUAAAAAGACCUACGAACAGUUACUGAAAGAUAGUCAUAGAGAUGUUUUUCAGCAAGGGAAGGAAGGUGUGGAAUUCGUGUUGAUGGUGCGCAAGGGCACCAAGCCGCAGUAUAAGUCUUUCCAUGCUCCUCCAGAACUUGCGAGUAAUUUGCAGCAACAGGCGCUAGUUGAUAAACAAGAGAUGGAGCGAGUCAAGCGAUUAACACUAAAUAUAUCAGAGAGACAAGAAGAAGAAGAAUAUAGUGCCGAAAGCGGCGGUGGGUCAGGAGGUAGCGGGAACCCUAACAGAGGGCAGCACGUACGACAGAAGUACCAACACCCGAAAGGAGCGCCUGACGCUGAUCUCAUUUUUGGCCCGAAAAAAUUUAAAUGACAUUUAGACCAUAAACACUUAGAGCAUACAUUUUAUGAUGAAUAUGAGGAAUUCUAACAACGAUGUAGAAUUUAAAAACAUUCAUGCUGAAUUUAAAUACUGUUAACGAUUCAAUGUUUAACUUAUGAAAAACGUUAUUGCUUUUCAUUUUCAAUGUUAGAAUUAUAUUUCUGUUAAAGAGCUGAUAGAGGUGUUCAAAUAUACAAGACAAGGAGAAAUCCUUAUCGAUGCUACAAAUUUAAGCUGGAGAUUGUGCUCAACAUAACAAGUACGUUUAGAAAAAUAUGUAUUCUAUAUUAUGUCAAAAAAAUUUGGUCGCCACAUAAAAUGAGUGUAGUAGUUGAAUGGAAUGUUUAUAGAACUAAGCAUAACUUGUAAUCGCUAUUUUACUUGUUAUUUUUUGUUAAAUUUGUUUGAUAUGUAUCAUUGAGUGUAAUCACCACCUGACGUCUCUGACCAAGUGAUCCAAAUUUCAGCUGAACUUCAACCUGACUACGUAGUCAGAAAUUUCAUAAUUUGAAAUUUAAUUUUCAACAUGCCUAUUGCUCUUCUUUUAUAAUCGAAUUUAACUACUCUAGGAAAACUCUAGUGUUGUCUUUUUCGAGUUUCUAGCGAUACAAAAGAUAAAAUUCGUUAUAUUGUGAUCGUUUAAACCAGUCUGCGUCUUAGUCUAGCGCCGCCGAAACUUGCCCACGCAAUUUCGACGUAAUCAUUUCUUUACGAAAAGCGCUUAGAUUACGUAGCGGAGGUCGGGAAGGCGUGGCGCUACACAAAAGUAUGACUCGGUUUGCUUGGACUAUUUUUGAUUGACCAAUCACAGGAGUUAAAAAAUUUCCACCAACAGAAUUGACUCCGCAUGUUGUUACUGCAAAAUUUUUUGCCUUUCCGUCGUCGUACCUUAUGAGUAAACUAGUUUACGGAUCACAUUGAGCCUUAGAAGUGUGCAUUACAGAAACUGAAUAUAGUCAACGUUAUGUCGUAAUUUAUGGAUUAAACGUAAAUUGUUGUAAAAUCACUAGGUAAAAUUGUAGAAAGUAUCUGUGUUGUACGAUAACUUGCUUUUCUAAUUAAACGAGA